AUGCUUGUAAAUAACUCUGACUUCUCUAAAACUGAUGAUGAUUUGGAGAUGCUCAAAGUUGUUACUAUGGAUGAGGAACAACUAGAUAGUGAGAUAGGAUCAAGCUCACGUCGUGGUUCUGUUCGAUGUCGUAAAGUCAUUCAUCGUGACCAUAUUCAAGGUCAUGAAAGGCGUUUUCUUGACUAUUUUGCUGAAUCGUCUGUAUAUCCUCCUAAGCUAUUUCGAAGGAGGUUUCGGAUGAAUUGUUCACUUUUUCUUCGAAUUCAAGUUGUAAUAAAAGCGCACGAUUCAUACUUUAUCCAAAAAAGAAAUUGUGCUAGAAAGCUUGGUUUGUCUUCUCUUCAGAAGAUAACUGUUGCACUUAGGAUGCUUACUUAUGGAGUAGCCAUUGAUUUUAUAGACAAAUAUGUUAGAAUUGGAGAAAGCACUAUAAUAGAAACUUAA